AAACAGCAUGAUCAGUUGAAUAUCUUAGUGGCAAUAGGUUCGUAUUAACAGUAUUUUUGUAUAUCAUGAGGACGACCAUUUAUUAAAUUAAAUUUAGAACUGGGAUGGAAGAGAAGAGAAAAAUAGGUAAUUAGAAAAUAAGAAGUAAAGAAUAUAAAUCAUAAGAAGCUAGUGGAUGCUUUCGUUAGUUGAUAGAUGUUUUUCUUACCGUUUGCUGUUCUCGUUCUAGGGGACAAACGGAGGGCCGGGGGGAUUCUUCCCGAGGGAGACCAUCGCACAACACCAUUGCCCGUACUGUCCACAGUCCUUCAUGUUCCAAUCCAUCCUCAAGCGUCACCUCCGAACGCACACAGGGGAGAAGCCGUAUGAAUGUCCCAACUGUGACUACCGGUCAGCUUACAAAUACCACGUUGCCAGGCACAUGAAACUACACAACAAUGCAAACAUACAUGUUGAGAAUGCAUCUGCAUCUGCAGACAGGCCUGUGGUUCUCUCAGCACACACCCUUAGCAUUAUACAGUCAAACCUAAUGGGGACUCAGGAUGGUGUGUCUGGCAUAUCAAACACUCAAAAUGCACCGGGUGUCUCAAGCAUUCAGCAACCUGAGUGAAGUUCUGAGAUGCUUGAGAAAAGAAAUUAGGCAGGCUUAUAAGUGAGGAAAUUUCAGAAAUACAGUCUUCUGUAGCUUUUCAGAAAUUUAGAUGCAAUUGGUAGUAUAGGACUGAUACAGGAGGACAGAGAUAUUAUUUGAAGGAUUAAAUGUUAUAUGUUUAUGUAUGGAUAAAUUAUUAAUAUGUGUUAACAUUAUAUCUUGGACAAGAUGAGAAGUAGUAGGUUUCUUUUUUUUUUUCUUAUUAUUUUCAAAUGGCAGAGCUCAAAGUAUAUUAGAUAUAUGUAAAUAAAAAUGCACAAAUUAACUGAUGACAUUAUUAUACAGGAAAGAUGAAAUGUUACUGAAUUAUGUCAGAAUAACUGAUUUUAUACUAUUAGUAUAUAUAUUUUUUUAAUUGAUUAUCUUCUAAAUUAUUGAAAUAUUAACGUAAGCACAGAUUGCAAAGUAAGAUUGGAAAUAUGAUUGAAAAGUCACUUUCUUCUGACGUUUGGCAUAACUAUACGUAUAGUUAAGGAAAGAGAUUUAAUCCAUUACUCAGAAAGUUUGGACAGUAAAUGCGCUGAGAAAUGUUUAUAGAAUAUUUGUACACCUACAAAGUUGUGAUGAAAUUGUUAUGGAAUAUUCUCCAUUUUACAUGAAUUUUAUGGAAAUUUGGGAAGCUUGAAUUUAUGAUAUUGUAUAUAUUAGUGAUACCUUCUGUUUUCUUCUUUUCUCCUCUCAUAUUGAUUUUUGUUCAUCUCAGUCUAAAUCUAUCAUUAUUAUUAAUGUUAAGAUUACUCUCAAAGUGAUUAGGAUCACUGUCAUUGCUAUCAUUAUCAGUUUUAUAAUCAACAUUAGUA